GCGGCUUAAACUUGCAACGCGUAGAAGCGCGUCACGCUAAGAAAGCAAUAAUACUGUAGAUCCACGAAACUACUGAGAAGCAGCAGAACGUCAAUUGUCGACCGCUGAGCUGAUCAAUACCGAAUCGCAGCGAAUAACGAUACGAGCUACAGGUACGCAAGAUGGCACCCCCGCCUGCGUCGGUACCUCGGACACAGCAGACUAUCAGCAGCUUCUUCAAACGCCCCAGUGCCUCUCAGCCAGCACAGAAGCCCACCGCGUCGAGCACACGUCCGCAAGCUGAACAACAGACAAACUCGCGCUCGAGCACUGCACCCUCGCGGGAGCUGCUGUCUGUCAAGCAUGCGGGAUUGAAGCGGUUUGCGAACGGGAGCGUGGCUGGGAAGGAAGACGGCGGGAGUGACGAUAGAGAUCGGAAAGCUGCUGAGGUCAUGGCCGAAAAGAGGCAGAGAAUUGCGGGCGAGAGUGUGGCUAGUCGGCGGAAGAUUGCGAGUCUUGAGUUAGCUGCUAGGAAUGAAGACGAGGACCUAGCAGAUGAAGACGGGGAACAUGAUCCUGAAGACGACGAGACCGAGAGCGUGCCGUUGAAAAAGUCAGGUCGCGGGCAAGCUGGCAGCGCGAGCAAAGCUCCAAAGCUCACACCUCUCACUCAGCAAUAUAUUGAUAUCAAGCGGAAUCACAGAGAUACUAUACUGGCGGUUGAAGUUGGCUACAAGUAUCACUUUUAUGGCGAGGAUUCAGCUAUUGUCUCGAAAGAAUUGAAUAUAUUUCGAGUUCCGGGGUGGAAUUCGAUUGAAGAGGCUCUGAAUCCAUCGACCAGUUCCCGAUACCGGAAAUUUGCCUCUUCGAGCGUACCGGAUCACCGCAUCUACAUCCACCUAGAAAGGCUGAUUGAGAAAGGCUAUAAAGUAGGACUAGUCCAACAGACAGAGACCGCAGCGCUCAAAUCAGCAGGAACUAACAAAAGCGGUCCGUUCGAGCGUAAACUGACGCGGGUCUAUACGAAGGCAACGUACGUCGAUCGACCGAUCGAUGCCGAAGGCAUGUCAAGCUCGAAUGCGUCGUCAGGCUAUAUAUUCUGCAUUGCCGAGAACGAACUUCCGCACCAGAGAGUGUCGAUCGGGAUGCUCGCCAUAUCGGCUGCUACAGGGAGACUUGUCUACGAAGAGUUUGAGGACGGGUUUAUGAGGGCGGAGUUGGAGACUCGUUUGCUUCAUAUUCAUCCCAGUGAGAUUGUUGUGACGGGCCAGAUCAGCAAAGAGUCUGAAAAGCUGUUUUCGCAUAUAUCCAAGAAGGUCGCUACUGGGUCGCUUGACUCGGGAUCGAUACGGAUAGAGCAUGUUGAUCGGCCAUCUCUUGACGACGCGGUAAAUCAUUUGACGACAUUUUUUGGAACAAAGCUGCAGGACUCUCAGUCUUCCGGCUCAUCUAACUCGAGCUUUGAUGGUAUAUUAUCACUUCCCAACACGGUCAAGAUCUGUGUCUCCGUAGCAAUCGACUACAUGAAGCAAUACGGCCUGGACUCAAUCUUUGACCUCACAAUGAAAAUCGACAAUUUCCAAAACAAGACAUCGAUGCUUCUCAACGGCGACACUCUCAACAGUCUAGAAAUCUUCCGCAACCAGUCAGAUUUAACCUACAAAGGCAGUCUCUUCUGGAUCAUGGACCGGACUCGGACCCGGUUCGGGCAGCGGCUACUUCAGAGCUGGAUCGGUCAUCCUCUUAUUGACCGCGAAAAACUCGAGCUGAGAACGGCGGCGGUGGAAGAGCUGAAACAGGGGAAUAACCCACGAAUCGAGAAAUUGAGCAGGAUCCUGGCUCAGCUUCCCGAUUUGGAAACAGGGUUGAUGAAAAUCCACUACGGAAGAUGCAGGCCAUCCGAGCUAGGCUCGCUCUUGCACGCGUUUAAUAAAGCGUGCAACUCAUUCUCCAACUCGGACGGCGGCAGGUUCGUGUCGGAUGACUUGAACGAAUACUUUGAUACCCUGCCAAGCAUGGCAUUUGAGAUUUCGGAGUUUUUGGAAGCGGUUGAUGGUGAUGGCGCGGUGAAGAACGAUAAAGAGCGGUUUUUCAGAAACGAGGAGGAGUAUCCUGAUAUUAUCGAUAACAGACGGGGCCUUGCGGAAACAGAAAAGCUGCUAGAUGAGUUUUUGGUGACUGCUCGAAAGGAUGUGAACAAGUCAUAUCUACAGUACUCAACAGUGGCACAGAUCGAGUACCUGAUCGAAAUCCGUAACAACGAACUACGGAACGUGCCGAAAAACUGGAAGAAGAUUAGCGGGACCAAGACAGUAUCCCGCUUCCACCCUCCCGAGGUUCAGGAGCUACUCCGCAAACGAGAGCAGUACCGCGAGCUCCUCAAGCUCUCGUGCCAGGCGGCGUACGAUACCUUCAUGAAGGAGAUUGCAAAGUACUACGAGCAGCUGCGAAGUAUUGUCCAGGCGCUCGCGCAUCUGGAUUGUCUACUGGCGUUAGCAGCUGUCUCAGACCUCCCGGGCUACGUCAAGCCGACGUACGUGGACGAGCCUUGCGUGCUUGUUGAGGAGGGACGGCAUCCGAUGGUCGAGCAGCUGUUGCUAGACUCGUUUGUUCCGAACGAUAUCACGCUUUCGGCCAGCGGUAUUCACGCGAUGAUUAUAACCGGUCCUAAUAUGGGAGGCAAGAGCUCGUAUGUGAGACAGACGGCCUUGAUUGCGAUCAUGGGCCAGAUAGGAAGUUACGUGCCGGCCAAGUCAGCGACGCUUGGAAUGCUCGAUGCAGUUUAUACUCGAAUGGGCGCGUACGACAACAUGAUGAACGGCGAAUCAACAUUCAUGGUCGAACUCCUCGAAUGCGCCGACAUCAUGAAAUCCGCAACCUCCCGCUCGCUCGUCCUGCUCGAUGAGAUCGGCCGCGGUACGGGACCCGUUGACGGCGUCGCGAUCGCGCAGUCGGUGCUCGCGUACUUUAUCUCGGAUAUUAAAGCGCUGACGCUGUUCAUUACGCAUUAUCCGCAGCUGUGCUCGUUCUCGGAGGUUUAUCCCCGCGAGGUGGCUUGUUAUUAUAUGGAGUAUAUCGAGCAGGAGAACCCGGAGACGAAGGAGACGGAUAUUGCUUUUCUCUAUAAGGCCGCUCCGGGAAUAGCACAUCGGUCAUAUGGACUGAACGUCGCGCAACUGGCAGGAAUACCGCGAUCGAUAAUCACAGUCGCGGGCGAGAAAUCCCGGCAGCUGGAGCAGAGGCUGCGCUCGAUGGAGUCGUUGCAGUGGGCGACCAAGGUUCGCGAGGUGGUCACGAACGUGCUCGGAAAGCCAGAAGAGAGCGUUGAUGUCGAGGAGUUAUUAGUCUUGGCGCACGCGGCUUCUUCAAAGUGAGCACGUCUGUGGCUUGUUGGAAAAAUAAAAGGUCUAUUGCGGGAUGAGGCAUAUUCUAAAACAUAAGAUUGAUUCAUAACCAUAACGAAUGCAUAUAGUACAAAGUCUAAACGACCAAGAGUAUUUACAAAAAUAAAAGCUACCAAAAUAAACAGAACCAGUAUCGCAGGACUCUC